AAAAAUAGCCGAUUUUAUUCGCCGGUCGAGUUUGUUUCGUUUUUUAGUUAGCAUCAGUGAGUCAUUUCCAUAAAGUUAUUCUUGACAAGCAGACGUACGCUGUGCACUGUUCCAAAAUAAAAAUUAAAUCAAAUAAAAUGUCGGAAAAUAUUGUGAAAGAGGAUAAAAAGGGAUAUUAUACCAUUGUUGCUCCUGGUACAAUACAGGCGGAUUUUGACUAUGUCGUAACCGUAACUGUACUCGAUAUAUCUGAACCAGCCACUAUAAAUGUCAGCAUAUCUGGCCCUUCAUACAAUGAAAGCAAAACCAUUGAGGUAACACCAUUUGCAUCGCAAAUGGUUCUUUUCUGCUUGCCAGCUAUACUGCAAGAGGGAGAUUAUGAAUUGAAAACGGAGGGUACAAGUGGAAUAAUUUUCAAGGAAUCAUCCAAGUUGCACCACAAAUGUGUAAAGCCCAAAGUGUAUAUACAGACUGAUAAGGCAAUGUACAAGCCAGGUGAUUUGGUACAGUAUCGCGUUAUAGCCCUGGAUGAAGAUACGAAACCAGCUAAACUUAAAGAACCCCUGAAUUUGGGUAUUCGUGACGGCGCCCAAAAUCACAUCAAGCAAAUCAAGGAUAUACAGUUUAAUAAAGGUGUUCACGCGGGAAAAUUUCAAUUGUCCGAGGAACCAGUUUUGGGCAAUUGGAUUAUUGACAUAACUGCUGGCGAAGAAAACAAAGAAAAGACAGAAAAAGGCUUUGAGGUAGCCAAAUAUGUAUUGCCUAAAUUUAGUGUGGAACUCGAAGGUGACAAGCAAGUUGCUGUUCUGGAUAAGAAGUUUAAGAUUACAGUUCGCUCCAAAUACACCUAUGGCAAGCCGGUAAAAGGCAAGGCUGCCAUAACUGCUAAAUUUAAAUCAUUUGAAGGAAAUACUCCAGCUGCUGAGAAAGUCCUUGACAUCGAUGGCAAAGGUGAAGUGGAAUUCGAUUUAAUGGAGGAUCUCAAAAUGGAGCAUCAGCUGGACAGCUAUAUGCCACAAAUCGAUGUGGUUGCUGUUAUGACAGAGGCCUUUACUGGUCUUGAACAAACCACCACAACUACCAUAGAUGUGCGGCGAUCCCGUUUCACCAUAACUCUGCCGAAUAUGUGCAAUGAGUAUGAAGUGAACAAACCCAUUGAGAUCAAAGCCAUAAUUAAAAGGCUCAAUGGAAAGCCCGUUACCAAUGCCAGAUCAACGGCCAAGCUAAUGGUUGGGACUUAUGGCCAAUUUCGUGGAGGUUUUCGCUGUGGCAUUCCAAGUGGAGCAAAUGAUUUGAUGUUUGAAAGUGAUGUAGAUCAGAAUGGCAUCGCUCUAUUCAAUUUCAAAUUGUCCAAGGCAGGAGACUAUUCCAGCAUAAAGGUUAUGUAUGAGGAAGAAAUGCAUCAGGCACAAGGCUUCAAAGUAAAAAGUGGCAAAGAGACAGAGGCUAAGCCUGCAGACAAUCUAUUUGGUGCACCCAUGGAAGUUGUAGGACCCAUCAAUAUAUUCCCCAAAUCCAGAGAGCCUGAAAUUGGCGAAGAGUUUACUGUAGAUAUCAAAUCUUGUAAAAAUUUGACAUAUUUUAUCUAUACCAUAAUGGCACGCGGCAAAAUCAUAAAACAUGAAUAUGUUAAAGUUGAACCCGAAUCUAAGUGCCACACUCUUAAACUAAGGGCUACAUUUGAAAUGGCACCUACCGCAAACAUUAUUGCUUACUUUGUGGAAGACGGUGAAUUGCGGUCAGAUGAAACCACUAUAAAAAUACCAAAUAAAUUUGAAAAUCAGUUGGAGAUAACAGCCCCCGAAGAGGCAAAGGCUAGUGAUGAUGUUACCCUGAGCAUUAAAACUGAACCCGAUUCGUAUGUGGGUCUUUUGGGUGUCGAUCAAAGUGUUCUAUUGCUUCAAUCUGGCAAUGAUUUGGACAAAGAAACGAUUUAUAGCGAUCUGCACUCUUACAGUUCUGAUACAUUUUUGGGAGGUAGAAUACACUACAGUUCUCCAGGAGUCUCCUCAGGCUUUGUUACGCAAACAAAUGCCAAAGUUCCACAGCCACGUUUACGGCGGAAAAAGACGACAAAAUCAGCACCCAUGAUGUGUUACCGUAGUAUGGCGAUGAAAGCAUCUGCCCCAAUGGCAAUGGCCGCCUUUGGAGGUGCUCCUGCUCCAGAAAAUAUGGUAGCAUACUGUGAUACCGACUUUUUGGCCGAUAGCACCCCCCUCAUAAAACCGAAAAUUCGAAAGGACUUUGCUGAAACAUGGAUCUUUGAGGAUAUCGAAAGCACUGAUGAGCAGGGCUUGACAACAUUUUCCAAAAAGAUUCCAGACACUAUCACUUCAUGGGUUAUAACUGGUUUCUCCCUGAACGACACUAAAGGUUUUGGCAUGACACAAGAUGCCACAAAAAUUCGUGUAUUCCAACCUUUCUUCUUGAGCACUAACCUGCCGUAUUCCAUUAAACGUGGCGAAGUGAUCAAAAUACCCAUCGUAGUUUUCAAUUACAUGGAAAUGGAUUUAGAUGCACAAAUUACCAUGGAAAAUGAUGAAGGCGAAUAUGAUUUUGUAGACUCCGAUGGUGGAGAGACAGAUGACAAAGAAAUGACCAAAAAGUUGUCCAUACCUUCGAACACGGGCGAAACUGUAUCGUUCACCAUCAAACCCAAAAUAGUUGGUGAAAUAAUGCUAAAAAUUAAAGCCAUUACACCUUUGGCUGGUGAUGCAAUGCAUCAAAAACUCAAGGUGGAACCGGAAGGUGUGACACAGUAUGAAAACGAAGCAUUUUUCAUUACCAUUCCCGAUGGUGAACCUAUCAAUCAUACCCUUAAGGCACAAAUUCCUGACGAUGUUGUUUUGGAUUCGGAAUAUUUGGAAUUCACUGCUGUGGGAGACCUUUUGGGACCCACCAUUAAGAAUAUCGAUAAGUUAGUUCGAAUGCCCUUUGGUUGUGGCGAACAGAAUAUGAUUAAUUUUGUGCCCAACAUAAUGGUGUUGCAAUAUUUGGAAGCCAUUAAAAUGGAUAUGCCAUCGACAGUGCAAAAGGCCAAAAACUAUAUGGAGACUGGCUACCAAAGGGAGUUGACAUAUAAACACAGUGAUGGUUCUUACAGUGCCUUUGGUGAUGGGCACAGCGAUUCGAAUAGUUGGCUGACAGCCUAUGUGGCCCGUUCAUUUAUGCAGGCUCGCAAAUACAUUACCAUUGAUGAGAAAAUCAUCAGUGAUGCCUUGGAAUAUUUGAUAAAGACACAAAAGGAGAAUGGACAAUUUCCUCAAACUGGUAAACUUUUCCACUCUUCAAAUCAAAAUGAGCUUGGCGUGUCGGCCUUUAUAUUAAUGACUCUAUUGGAAGAUAAGGAAUAUGCCUCAAAAUAUGGCUCGCAAAUUGAAAAAUCAUUGCAAUACCUUAGCGACAAUGUGGACAGUGAAGACAACUUAUAUUCUCUGGCUCUUAUUCUGGCGGUAUUCCAAAAAGCAAAACAUCCUCUGGCCGAAAAAAUUUUAGAACGAGUACAGCUAAAGUCCAAAUAUGAAAAUAAUUUGAAAUGGUGGUCAAAUUCUUUGAAAUAUUGCAAUAACGAUAUCGAGGUUACUGCCUACAUUUUCCAAUCGCUGGUUGAAACAGAGGAAGCAGGCAAAUUGUUGCCCAUCAUUAAAUGGUUAGUUGGACAAAGGAACAGUUUGGGUGGUUUCGAUUCAACGCAAGACACAGUGGUCGGUCUCAAGGCCUUAAUUGCGUUUGCCGAGAAAUAUGCUGCUUCGGGAGAUGGCAAGAUGACAAUUCAAUUCGAAGCCCAAACUGAAGAAGGCAUCGAAACUACAACAGGCGAAUUCAGUGUGGACAAGGAAAACGCAUUGCUACUGCAAAGCCAUGUGCUACCCAAGGCAACACGUCAAAUAACCCUUAAAGCCGAAGGUGAAGGCUCUUCGUUGAUUCAAUUAUCUUACCGCUACAAUGUGGCUAGCCAAAAAGCCCCGCCUAGCUUUACCGUCCAGCAUACACCUAAAGACUCCUACCCAGGUCAAUUAUUUAUGAACAUAUGCGCGGAAUAUAGUCCUGAAUCCGAUGAAGUAAAGGAAUCCAAUAUGGCUGUGAUGGAAAUCAAUUUGCCCUCUGGCUAUACCAUCGAUAAUGACAGUUUGAAGCCGAUACGUGAGGCUAAACGCGUACAAAGAGUUGAGACGAAAAAUGAUGACACUGUCGUAGUUGUGUAUUUCGAUAGUCUGGUGGCUGGUGAACCAACUUGUUUCGAUGUUUCGGCCGAUAAGUCUCACGAGGUGGAUGCAUUGAAACCUGCUGCUAUCACCAUUUAUGAUUAUUACAAUGCUGAGCAGAGAGCUACCAUAUACUAUGAGGUCUCCCAGUAACAUGUCACAGCGAAUUAUCUCUGCAGCGAUGUGUUAUAAGUCACGGUUUUAUUUGACAGGCAUAAAUUGUGAAUUUUAUUUUUAAGUAUUGAUGCCCUGCAUGUUAAAUAAUAAUGUUGAUGUUAAACGUAUACGUUUUAAAGUUUUUUCAGUAUUUUUGCACAAUAAAAUUGAAAACAAAGCAAAUUAAAUAAAAAUGUUAAUGUUAAAAAUGUUAAA